AUGGUUUUUAAAUGUUAUCGUUGUAGUAUUUGCCACUCUCGUUUGCAGUUUGACAAUGUUUUUACUUUGAAAAAUUGUAACCAUACUUACCAUCAAGAUUGUAUUACUCGAUGGAUUACUGGGUCACAAACUUGUCCUCGAUGCCAAGUUCAUGCUACUUUGACUGAUAUUAAAAAAAUAUUUUUCGACGAAGGAGGUGAUGAACAGGACUCUGAUGAUGAAAUGAUUCAAGGUUCAAGUAACGUGACUACACAAAGCCGCGCUCCUACUACUCAAGGAAUAAUACAAGUAAUUGUUAAGGACACCUAUCGAGAUAGUAAAAUGGCUAUUCAAAUGCAACCAAACGAUACUAUUUUGGCUUUGAAGAAUAAAAUUGCUGAACGUAAUGGUGUAUCAACGGAUACACAGCGUUUGGUUUUUCGUGGUCAACAACUCGAGAACAAUUAUACACUCAGUCAUUAUAAUAUUGUCGACAACACAAGUGUUGAUUUGGUUAUGCGUUGUCAAGGUGGUGAAAUGUAAUGGGGAAAUAAAUAAAUGGAAAUUGAUGUUAAUUAAUUUUGUUAAUUUAAAUAUG